GCCAAGCAGAAACAAAUAACGUGACUUGGUUUGAACUUCGCGUGCCACAUUUCAACCAUUACCCUUUGCGCGAAACCCCCAUCAUGUUUUAUUCAGAAGCGAUUUUGUCGCGGCGUGGUCCGCUUGGAAAAGUAUGGCUCGCUGCACACAUGGAACGCAAAUUGUCCAAGACGCAGACAUUACAGACGGACAUUGAGGAAUCCGUCGGUGCCAUAAUGGGUCAAGAUAUAGAAAUAAUGGCGCUGCGACUCAGUGGACAACUUCUUCUCGGUGUGGUGCGUAUAUAUAGCAGGAAAGCCAAAUAUCUGUUAGACGACUGCAACGAGGCCCUGUUGAAAAUUAAAAUGGCGUUUCGUCCCGGAAUUGUCGACAUGAAUGAAGACCAGCUUGUGGCCAACAAGAACGCGAUCACACUCACCAGCAAUGACUUGGACUUGAAUCUUUUCAUUCCUGACGUCAACUGGGAUAUGGAUUUCGAGGAUCGCCCUUUACCACAGCAAGGGCAUCAGCAUCAAGCUCGUAUCGACGACAUCACUUUACGAAAUACCGAAGAUUUCGGCCAGUUUGACUACAAUGAUCCCCUCGACUUGGGCCCCGCCGAUGGAAUUGGCUCCCAGGACUUUGAUAUAGAUUUAGGUCUUGACUGGGGUGACGGUGCUGUCAACAACAAUGACUCCAUGGAUGUUGAUGGCCUGAGUGUCGAUGGCAGUGUCGGUGUUGGACGAGAUGCAGCGCCAGGCCGGGAUUCUAUUGGAAUAGAUGCUAACCACUUACUGGGUGGGGACGUAGACAUGGACAUGGAUAUCGACCUUCUUCGCCGUAGCAAGAGCCGAGAAGCGUCUGAACAUCCUUUCGACGCGGACAUGAACAUCGACGUACCCGACUUUGGCGAUGUAGACUUGGGUGACUUGGGUAUUGGUUUUGAUCUCCCAAACGACCUACCUUCCGACCUUCCUCAGGAUGGCGAGAAGACACCUGGACAGACACGAUCGUCUUCGCGGGCUUCUUCUCCUCUCUCUGAUGUUCCCCUUACCCCGCCUCCAAUCGAAAUGAACGGCGACGUGACUCCGAUUGCUCCUGCCAAAGCGCAACGGAAACAUAAGGAAAAGAAACAGAUUAUCGAUGCCGUGACCGAGCUUCAAGGUGGUCCAGGAAAUGGUCGAGGACGACAUGGCUUAGGUGCACCGGUAAACAAGGAUGUAAGCGAUAUCCUCGUCGAACCCCACUUUCUUCCUCGAUCGUCUGUCGUGAUGCGCUUGCUUGAGAUUCGCAGCGACCCACUUGCACACUUCCUUCCUACUAAAGUGACUCCCCAAGGCACUAUCUUGUGUGCUGCUCCCCCUGGGUUGGCACCUGAGCUUGCGGAGAUGUUCAUGCGACCGAUCGCUGGUUCGAAGAAACGCGGCAUUUCUCCCGGAAAAGGCCCGAACAAGCGCCGAAAGGUUGAUGAAGCGAGUGUCCAUGAGGAUGAUGAGGUUGAGCAAGGCCGUCGGGCAGAAAGUCUGGCUCCUAGUGUUGCAUUGGGGAGUGAUGUCAUGGGCCGUGGUGUCAGUGUCGGACCUGAAGGGCUGGACUUCGGCGACCAAACCGGUGGUGCAGAGGAUUUCCAGUUGGAUGUUCCGGAUCUUGAUCUUGAUUCUUUGGCACCUUCAGACAGAAGUCGGAUGUCGACCCCUGCUGGGGACUUGUUGGAGGACGGCGUGGAUACUUAUGCCGAUCUGACGUGCCCUAUUGCUAUGUUCGAUAUCCGACCAUCGACUCAAACUCAAGAGAAAGAGGCGGAACCAGCAGAUACAGAAGGAAAAGGCUAUAGCAAGAAUACUGUUAAGGCUCUAGGUAUCAUCAGGCGAGAACUGAGGCCUGGUGAGGAUGAUGACGCACAGGAGAAAGUGAUCAGUUUCCGCAAGAUGGCUGACAAGGCAUCGCGUCGAGCUGCCGCUUCCUUCUUUUUCGAACUGCUUGUCCUUGGAACUCGGGAUUGUGUCAAACUGUCGCAAUCGGGGCCGUUUGAAAACAUCGAAGUCCGGGCCCAAGAUAAAUUAUGGGAGCGCCAGCGUCACGGAUCUGUUCAGCCGUCUGUGCGUGGUGCAUCGGUUGCACGAUCUAUCGCAUCUACUAUGGGACUAUGAUUGGAUACCGGUAUCCUCCGUGUGAGAUUUACUAGGACGUCUUGGAUUUAUUAACGAACCUUUUACGUCUACUAUCUAUUACCCUACGUAUCUUAUUCUUUUCGCUAUCGUUUGUUGUGUCCAUUACUAUAGUGUAGCGUAUGUUUUUGUUUUUCCAAUGAGCAGUUGUAUCCGUUGGCGCAGCCAGGAUUGAAAGUGGAUGGGCUUGCUAGAUGGGGCUAUGCGUCCAUUCGGCCCUCUAUAUACG